AAUAACAGACAUGAGUAGGACCUUGUGACUCCAGGGAGUGCUGUGGGUGGGACACUUUACAGAAGAGACUGGAUUACUGGAAGGACGGAUAUCCUCAUCUCCAUCUUUAAUACAUGUUCCCUCGCAGUGAUUGACGGGUGGUGCGAAUUUUCAAAAUGGAUCAACUCCUGCUGGUUUUUACACUACUCUUUUAUGUCCUGUCUCCGAUAAAUGGUGAUUUUCUGAUUGAAGGACGAAGAGGCAUUCAGAAAAGAAGCACUGAUAGGCCAGUGAAGGACAUAGAGUUCUACAGGAUAGACAUCAGCAGUCAGGUGACAUCUCGCUUUGCCCAUAAUGUCAUCACAAGCAGAGCCGUUAAUCGUGCCAAUAUAUCAAAAGAAGCCAUAUUUGAUGUGGAUCUACCAAAAACUGCUUUUAUCACUAAUUUCAGCAUGAUAAUAGACGGAGUAACGUAUUCGGGAGUGAUUAAAGAAAAAGAGGCUGCUAAGAAACAGUAUGAAAAAGCGGUAUCAAGGGGUCAAACAGCCGGACUAGUCAGGGCCUCUGGAAGGAAGACGGAGAAGUUCACUGUGUCUGUUAAUGUGGCUCCAGAAAGUAAAGUCACAUUUGAGUUGGUCUAUGAAGAAAUGCUGAAACGUCGCCUUGGAAAGUAUGAGAUGUUCAUCAAAGUUCAGCCAAAAACUCUUGUUAAAAGCUUUCAGAUUGAAGUAGACAUAUAUGAAGGACAAGGGAUCAGCUUUCUAGAUGCUCAAGCAUCUUUCAUAACCAAUGACCUGCAAUCUGCUAUCAAAAAAUCUAUUUUUGGUGAACAGGGCCAUGUCUCUUUUAAACCCACGAUAGAUCAGCAGCGAUCAUGUGCCAACUGUGAUACCACGUUACUGGAUGGAGAUUUUACUGUGACCUAUGAUGUUAAUAGACAAUCCCCUGGAAACAUACAGGUUGUCAAUGGAUACUUUGUUCACUUUUUUGCUCCCUCUAAAUUGCCUAGUGUAACCAAAAAUGUAAUUUACAUCAUAGACAAAAGUGGAUCAAUGAUUGGUCAAAAAAUGGAGCAGACAAAACAAGCCCUUCUUCGCAUUCUGAAUGACACGGCCCAGCAUGAUCACUUUAAUUUCAUACUGUUUUCCGAUGAUGCUCAAGUUUGGAAAGAUUCCUUAGUUAAAGCAACUCCAGAAAACCUGGAAGAGGCUAGAACUUUCGUCAAGUCGAUUAUUCCUGAUGGCCUUACAAACAUUAAUAGUCCAGUAUUAAUGGCUGUGGAGCAGCUGAAUAAAGCGCAUGAACUUAAAAUUGUUCCCGAGCGAAGUGUUUCCUUAAUUAUUCUUCUUACUGAUGGAGACCCCAAUACAGGUGAAUCAAACCCUGCAAAAAUCCAGGAAAAUGCAAAGAAAGCCAUUCAGGGCAAAUACACCUUGUACAGUCUUGGUUUUGGCCAAGGAGUCAAUUAUCCUUUUCUGGAGAAGUUAGCACUGGAAAAUUCAGGAAUUGCCCGUCGCAUAUAUGAAGACUCGGAUGCAGACUUGCAGUUGCAGGGCUUCUACACCGAAAUUGCAAAUCCAACAUUGAUUGACAUAGAAAUGCAAUAUCCUGAGAACGCUAUCGCUGACCUCACUCAGAACAACUUCAGGCAUUACUUUGAAGGGAGUGAAAUUGUGGUCGCCGGACGUGUAACAGAUAAUGACUUGAACUCAUUUAUUGUGGAUGUAAAGGCAAAAGGGGCAGAUGCAUCUUUAAAAUAUACUGAAAAUGUCCAACUUCAAGAAAAGGAUGAUGAGAGCAAGCAGCAAAAAUACAUCUUUGGUGACUUUACAGAGAGACUCUGGGCAUAUCUAACCAUACAGGAGCUCUUGGAGAAACGACUUCAUGCAGACCCAUCAGAAAAAGUGAACCUAACAGCACAAGUGCUCGAGCUCUCCCUAAAGUUCAAAUUUGUGACUCCUUUAACAUCAAUGGUAGUUACAAAGCCGGAGGAAGAAAGCAAGGUCAAAGAAGAAAUAAUUGCUGAUAAAUUUGUGGAAAGUACAGUGCAAAGAGAUUUUACUUUGACGUCCUUUCUACAUAAAAGACCACCGCAUACUCAAGGGUCUGCAAACUGGGUUGAUUCAGACCCUCAUUUUGUGAUAAAUGUUCCUCAAAAGAACGAUGCUUUGUGCUUUAAUAUUCAAGAGGAGCCUGGUGUGAUCCUGAAUCUUGUUGAGGAUCGAGAGCGUGGUAUUUCAGUAAAUGGAGAACUUAUUGGAAAAGAGAAAGCAGGCAACAAUGCGAGAUCAAAUCAAACCUAUUUCGGAAGACUUGGGAUUAUAAAUAGAGAUAAGAAGAUAAGAAUUGAGGUGACCACUGACAAAAUCACAGUCUUGAACCAUAAAAACAAGAAAACGCUUGCAUGGCAGAAAAAAGGCUCUAUAAGCAAGGAAGGGUUUAAUCUGGUAAUCAACAAGAAAGCAAAUCUGACGUUAUCAUUUGGUGAAGGAGCAACAUUUUUCAUUAUUUUGCAUGAAGUUUGGAAAAAUCAUCCUGUUCCUAUGAAUUUCCUAGGCUUUUACACUGUAGAUGACCAUACAUUUUCUAAAGAAGUACAUGGACUUUUGGGACAAUUUUUUCAUGGUAUUGAUUAUGAAAUAUCCAACCUUCAAAAAAAUGAAAAGACAGGCAAACAAGUUGCAAGAAUGAACGUGAAGAAUAAGCAGCUGACCGUGACAAGGAGUUCGGAAAAAGACUACAAAUCGGACCCCAGGAAAGGCAUUAAAACUCCCUGCUGGUUUGUGAAUUCCAAUGGAGAAGGACUAAUCGAUGGAACCCAUACUGAUUACAUUGUACCUGAUAUCUUUAGCUUUGCCUACCAGGAAUGAUUGGGUUUAAAGGGGUUAUCCCAUGAUUACUGUAAAAAAUUAAAAUCAGACAUCAUAUAGUACAUGACAACAUCUUUCUAACAAAGCUAGAACCAGCCCUGUACCUCACAUGGAACCAGAGAUCUCCACAUUCAUUGC